AGAAUUUUAAUAUUUAUUUUUUAGUUAUCAGCAGAUACAACAUCUUUGUUUGUAUGUGGUGCUGAGGAUCGAACCCGGGCCGCAGGCAUGCCAGGCGAGCGCGUUACCACUUGAGCCACAUCCCUAGCCCGAGUUCUUCCGUUUUUAAGUCUCUUCUUCUUAAAAGCUAUGUGUUAGGCGGCUUUGGAGAAUAAAGGAGACAAGGUCUCUCUCACGCAGUCGCGUUUGCGCGGUGUAGGUGGGGCUAGAGGCCGCCUAGGCGGUUGUAGGGUGACGGCGCUGCCGCCAUUUUGUAGGGUGUUUGUUGCAGCGGCUGGAGAGGAACGACGGCGGUUUGGCGACGUUUUUCGGCCAAAGGACCUUUUGCUUUCGCAGAGAUGCGACAUUCCCAACGAACACACUGCCCUGACUGGGAUAGCAGAGAAAGCUGGGGUCAUGAAAGCUACAGUGGAAGUCACAAACGGAAGAGGAGAUCUCACACAAGAGAACAGGCAUUGUAAACCGCAUCACCAGUUUAAAGAAUCUGAUUGUGCUCCAUGUGCAUCCCUCUUGAAGCUUCGCACUCUGUUGAAGAGGACACUCAUCCCAGAUGAAAUCGUGGACACUUUGGGUGAAGGGGCCUUUGGCAAAGUUGUAGAAUGCAUUGAUCAUGGCAUGACUGCUCUACAUUAUGCCUGUGCCUUUGGCCACCCAGAACUGGUGGCUUUUUUAGUGAAGGAAAAUUGUAAUGUUCACCUCUGUGACCGUGAUGGCAACACACCAUUGAUGAAGGCCCUACAAUAUCUGGAAGAGAAAUGUGCAACUAUCCUUCUAGAAAAUGGUGCUGAUCCAAAUGCUCACAACAACCAAAAUGAAACUCCUCUUCACUUUGCUCUGUCUCUGAAGAAAACAUCACUAGCAGAAAAACUGCUUUCACUCAAUGCAGAUAUAGAAGCCAGAACUACG